CCGGCCAGCACCCCUCUCUCGCCUCCUCUCCACACCGAUCUAGGGUUUCUAGGGUUUUGGUUCUCCUCGUCCGGCGGCGGGUCAAGCGAGAUGGCGGAGAGGGUCAAGGGCACCGUGAAGUGGUUCAACGUCGAGAAGGGGUUCGGCUUCAUCUCCCCGGAGGACGGCGGCGAGGAUCUCUUCGUCCACCAGUCCUCCAUCAAGUCCGACGGCUUCCGCAGCCUCGACGAAGGCGCCACCGUCGAGUUCGUCGUCGGAUCCGGCGACGAUGGCCGCACCAAGGCCAUCGACGUCACCGGACCUGGCGGCGUAACCCUCGCCGGCGGCUCACGCGGCGGCGGCGGCGACCGCUACGGCGGAGGCGGUGGUGGUGGGCGCUACGGCGGCGGCGGCGGCGGCGGCGACCGCUACGGAGGUGGCGGCGGCGGCGGCUACGGUGGAGGCGACCGCUACGGCGGUGGCGGCUACGGCGGUGGUGGAGGCGGCUACGGCGGCCGUAGCGGCGGCGGUGGCGGCCGUGGUUGCUACACCUGUGGCGAGGAGGGCCACAUGGCGAGGGACUGCAGCCAGGGUGGAGGAGGCUACGGCGGUGGUGGCGGCGGCUACGGUGGACGUGGCGGCGGCGGCGGCGGUGGCCGUGCUUGCUACAACUGUGGCGAGGAGGGCCAUAUCUCAAGGGAGUGCACCAACAGGGCCAACUAGGCGCUUCAUCAUCUCGUCGUCAGAUCUGUCUCCCGUGUUGCGUUUUGCCCCGUCUUGAUUCUGCAGCAAGUCAUGCCAGUAUUAUCCGUAGUGUUCCCCGUCCUGCUCGUAGGAAGAACGUGAACCCAUGUGGAUGGAUCCUGGCAGUAUGAAUGGUUUCCUGUUCUAAGUAUAAUCAUUAUCCUGUUUGAGACAAAAGCGAAAACUAUUAUUCUAUAAGAAAAUUUCGAGCAUGUUUUUAGCCUU